AUGGACGAAAGAGACGAGGCUAGCAACGAGCCGCUCGACCUCGUGCGCCUCUGCAUCGACGAAAUCGUUGUUGUGAAACUGCGCGGCGACCGCGAACUGAAGGGCCGCCUACACGCAUACGAUAGCCAUUGCAAUCUUGUUCUCGGGGAUGUCGAAGAGACGAUAUACGUUGCCGAGGAAGAGGAGGAGGACCAGCCACCGAGAGUGAGGACGGUGAAGAAGCAGUCGGAAAUGUUGUUCGUGCGAGGUUUGUGGCGUGCAGAGCUGUUUAGAAGGUACAGACUAACGAGUGUAUAG